CGAUGAAGCGCCAAUGUCUCCACAUCCAUCGGGAAACUAACCCGCUUCGAGUCUCGAUCAGGGUCCGGACCCUGCCGCUUUGGUUUUCUCGUCCGUGCAUCUGAAACAACUCCCUCCAACAGGGAACGCCUUCCAGACUUCCGUCAGAAAAUGUUUCACCACGUCCCAAUUUUGCGACAUCUUUACUUUUGCGUGCCAAAGGGAUGUGAUGUGUCAGUAUGAUCGAUAACAGCUGAAUCACUUCCGCAAUGCCGAGGUAGCCGGCCGUUGCUGCCUGGGAAUAACAGUAUAUAUCCAUCCUGGUUCUCCCAGACUUUGACGGGUAAAGCAGACGAGGCAGCAGCGCAAUUCUAUCAUAUUCACUCUUUCGUUACAGUCUAUCGAUACACUCUUUCACUUACCAUCCUCUCGUUCAACCAUAACUUGUAUCUCAUUGGAAUAAUGGCCCCUCUCAAGUCCCUCCUCGUUGGUGCCCUUGCUACGCUGGCCGUAGCAAGCCCCGUCCCUGCCCCUGCCCCGGAGGCCGGCCAACUCCAAACCCGUCAGUUCAUGGACUCGAAUGAUCUCACGUCCGGCUCCUGCAAGGACGUCACCCUGGUCUUUGCUCGUGGCUCCACGGAAUUGGGUAACAUGGGUUCCGUCAUCGGACCUCCCCUCUGCACCGCCCUGAAGUCCAAGCUUGGCGCCGACAAGGUCGCCUGCCAGGGUGUCGGCGGCCUCUACACCGCCGGACUGAUGCAGAAUGCCCUGCCGCAGAACACCGAUCCGGGGGCCAUCUCCGCGGCCAAGAGCAUCUUCGAGCAGGCGGCUUCCAAGUGUCCGAACACGAAGAUCGUGGCUGGUGGAUACAGUCAAGGAAGCGCCGUCAUCGACAACGCGGUGCAGGCGGUCAGCUCCUCCGUGCGCGACCAGAUCAAGGGCGUGGUGCUGUUCGGGUUCACCCGCAACGUCCAGGACCACGGCCAGAUCCCCAACUACCCCAAGGACGAUGUCAAGGUGUACUGCGCGAUGGGCGAUCUGGUCUGCGACGCGACGCUGAUCGUGACGGCCGCGCAUCUGACCUACGGGCUGGAUGCCGGCGAUGCGGCGAACUUCUUGGCGUCUAAGGUCAACGCUUGAGUACGUCGUUGGGGUCACAACGAUCAGGAACCAUCGGUGAGGUCGGGUGGUGGUCGAUGGAGGAUGAUUUACGGGCUUUUAUAUAUGAAUCUUUUUUUCGGCUUUUGUAUUUUCGCUGGCGAUUUUCAGGAUUGUCAUGGACACUUCGAUGUUUUGUCUCACG